GAUGACGAUCCUGAACCAAAUCCUCCAUACUAUACUGCUUACACUAUCAGAGACACCUUGGAUUAUAUUGUUAACUACUGGCUAAAGAGGAAAACUGACAAGUCCAUAUUAGUAUCAUUAUUAGGAAAUUCUAAAGAUGGGAUACAAAGCGUACUAUUAUCUCUAGCAAUGCGUUUGGAUAAAGCACACUUUGUCUAUGAACGACGAAGAGAGCUGUGUAUGUAUCGGCUGUUUGUACAACUGUUACUUAAAGAAUUUCCAAAUGGAUUCAGAAAUAACGCAGCCUUCAUUUUAAGAGAUAUUAUAUUUACUUUAUUGCGAACCAUGAGCAAACCUUGUAAAAAAAGAAUAAUUGAUGUUGGCAAUAACUCAACGAAGGCAGAUGAUAUAAUAAAUGGAUGUUUAGAGCUGUUAAAACUUGUGUGUGAAGCUGGAUUAAAGAAGUUACCAACGGAAUUUAGCCAGCAUUUGCAAGUGGUUAUUACUACAUUGGUACCAAUAGCUGAGCGCCAGGAUGCAGUUGGAAAAAAUGCAAAAGGAAUGAUCAACUACCUGAUUAGCGAUAAUGAAAGGCCAUGUGAAUAUAUAGAAGCGUUGAAAUCACUGGAUCUUUUGCCUAAACUAUCUUCGUUUACAGAACUAAUUAACAUACAAAAAGAUAAACGUGAAUCUGUAUCAUUAUUACAGGAACUUGAAUCUUUAGCGGACGGCAGCAGUUAUACCUCCUCUGCAUAUCGACUUGAUGGAAUUCGCUUUAUUAAGAAAUUAUUAGAAAGAUCCAGGAACGAUUUUGUCAAGUUAGACAGUCCUGAAUACGGUCAGAUAACCAAAGUAAUUCACAAGCUACUACAACUUAAUCGAAGUUCAGAAAUGACAAAUCUCUUCUCGACCAAUGUAUCUGACAUUAGCUGUCAGAUCCAGGAAGAGGCUAGUCGAUGUUUGGGAGAGUUAGGUGCAGUCAGCUUAAAUCCUGUUGCCUUAAAUUCAUGUAAAAAGUCUUAUGAACUGGAAGUUAAUUCAUCUCACGAUGAAGAAAAGCGAACUGUUAUGUUAUUAAAUUACUUAUCCAAUUUUCUUAUAAAUCACGAUGUUAAGAUCGUCCAAGCGGCAUCGAAAUGUUUGAAAUCAAUUUUAUCCUUACCAAAAUGUAAAGAGCUUCUUGUAUCUAGUCGGCUUCAUCAUUACGGGUUAAAUUUGUAUUUAACGCCGUUUACUGAUAUGGUAUGUAAUAGCAGCUUGGAUACUUCAAUAGAUAGCCCUAAUAGUGACUAUCAAUUAAGUGCUCUGAAUCGGGUUGUUCGUCGUUUUUUUGACUCUAAACUGUCCAUCCCUCAUUCUGAAUGGAUUGUACAGUUGACAAGUGAGCUAGCAAGUUGUGCUCAAGAUGCUAUCUUACAACGUUUGGGUUCCCUUUAUGCUCUCGAAGCAGAAUUUGCUGAAUUUAGCUUUCCAUAUUUAGUUAAAGAUAUUGUUUCAUCCUUUGGUCAUGACGCACGAGCUAUUUUCUCACAUUCCUUGCAAACAUUUUUAUCUAAAGCUAAUGUUAAAGGUGUUAGUAACGACUAUAAUGUCGUCAAAAAUUCACAGAGCGAUAGUACAAAAGUAGUGAGUAAUUCUAACAAGGAAUCCUACAAAGCAAUCUUAGAUAUGAUCAAUUACCUACGAACGCAAGAAAAACCUGGAUCGAAAACUCCAUGGGGAAAUAACUUUUGGUUAGAUUUAAAUUUUCUCGAUUUAGCUCGUGUCGCACAAAGUUGCGAUGCUUAUUAUACUUCUCUUUUAUACAUUGAAAUAUGGCACAAUUAUCCUCAACUAAUCGAUUUUACCAAUAGGGAUGAGGAUGAAGAAUUGGAUGAAACAAAUUAUCAUUCUUUACUUACGAAAGCCUAUAGCAAUAUUGGUGAGCCCGAUUAUGUUUACGGCAUUGAAUCACAACAUCUAGCAUCGUUAGCUGGUAGAGUAGAAAUGUAUCGACAUGAAGACAAGUGGAAUCAAGCAUUAAGUGUAUACGAUAUUCAAUCACAAUAUGCGAUUAAAUAUCCUUCAGCAGCAAGGCCAUCGAAUGAAUUACAUGACUUAACAUUAAUUGAUUCUAUGAGAAACGCAGGGCUAUACCAUUCCAUGGAAAUGUGCUUGACUACAUUAUUAACUAGGUACCCGGAUAAAUCUUCAGAAGUUUCUGAAUAUCUAUAUGAAAAUGCUUGGCGUUCAACUUGUUGGACUGAAAUUUCAUUAGAUACUCAAAAAUUAAUUCCAACCGACGGUUUCCACUGUAACUUGUAUAAGUCUAUCCGUGCUAUUGAUGAUAAAGAUGAAUUAACAUUAACCACUUUAAUAAAGAAAUCAAGAUCAGGUAUUAUGAAGGAAAUUAGUGAAAACAGUUUAGAAAGUAUUACUCGAAUGUAUGAUUCAAUGAUGAAAUUACAACAGCUACUAGAGUUGGAAGAAUUUGGCCGUUACAUAUUUGACGGAUUAGACUUAGCUGAUUUGUUUAAGGAAUGGGAUCAAAGAUUAUCGACUCAUAACCUUAAAAGCGACUUCAGUUUAAUAGAGCCAAUCAUUACACUUCGUUGUACUUCGCUAAAUUUAAUACUUGCAUCUAACUAUCCACAAUACAAUAUCAGUAAUCCUCAAUAUAAAGUUGAAGUAGCGCCGAUAUUAAACGCUCUAACCAAACACCUACAAAUGUAUGCAAAGUUGGCGCGACAAGCUGGUCGAUAUCAGUUAGCAGAAAAUGUCUUAUUUCGUUGGAAGCAAUUACUCAUUAAGUACAACCAAGAUAAAGUAGAUAUCUGCAGUAAUUGGCAUUGCCAAUUGGAAGAAUCACAGUUAUUUUGGGCUAAAGGUGAACAAGAUGUUUGUAAAUGCAUUAUACAGAGUUUAAUUAGUGAUAUAGAACGGCAACAGAAAUCAAAUGGUUAUAAUGACAACAAUGUUAAAGCAUUGUAUUGUCGUGCAUUAGGUCUGUACGGCAAAUGGCUGGGAGACAGUUAUUCCGAAAAUCCAAACAAUAUUAUUGAAAAUUACUUAAGUAAAUCAAUACAGCUAUUACAAAAUAGUAUCGAAGAAAUGCAAAGUAUUUCUAUUGAUGCAUUUUUAUCGCUAGGUUGUUAUGCUGAUGCACAAUAUCAAAAAAUUGUAACUUAUUUAAAAUCGAAUGAAUUUGAAGAAAAAAAGCACUUGAUUCGCCAAUCCAAAUCUGAUUUAGAAUUACUAAAAGGCACAAAGAGCGUUAAUACACAAGAUAAUGCUAGACGAUAUAAGAAAUUGUUAGAAAUACAAAGUAGAAUUGACGAAUCGGAAGAGAAGCAAUUGCUUGAUGACAAAAUCAAAUUUCUAAAACUUGCAAUUACUAAUUACAUUCAUUGCUUACAAUUUGGUGACGAUCAUGAUGUGCGUGUAUUUCGCUUAUGCUCAUUAUGGUUUGAAAACUGGCAGUACCACAAUAUCAACGAAAUUAUUGGUCAAGAACAACUAAAAAUACAAUCAAAGAAAUUUCUUCCAUUAAUGUAUCAACUAGCAGCUAGAAUGGGUAGUUCUACGGCAGAAAAACUAUUUACUGAUAGCCUUAAUCAAAUUAUCUUUCGCACUGCGCAAGAACACCCGUUUCAUACUUUACCAGUGAUAUUAGCACUAAGCAACGCAAAAAAAGAUUUUACUUAUAUAGGCGACAGCUUGAGUAAAAAUUCAAGCGAAAGUCUUAAAGCACGGUCAAAUACUAAUAAACGCGAUAGCUUACUAGUUGAUCAAAAACUGACCGAUGCUGCUAGGAAUAUGAUUGCUAGAUUGAGUUUUAGUAAAAUUGGAAACUUAAUUGAUACGUUAGAAGGACUUUGCAACGCAUACAUUGAACUAGCAUAUUCUGAAGUACCUCAUCAAUAUAGGUAUAUGCGGACAUCAGUUCCAAUUCCAUCUGAUUUAGCAUUACUUAAAAUUAAUGCUAGUCACCAAGCGCCAAUGUUAACCUGUGAUAUCAAAAUUGACCCUACAUGUGAAUAUGAAAAUGUCAUUUACAUUGAACAAAUUGAGAGCCAUUUUCGCCUGGUUGGUGGCAUUAACUUACCAAAGAUAAUAAGUUGUAUUGGUACAGAUGGAGUAACAAGACAACAAUUAGUCAAAGGCAAAGAUGAUUUACGACAGGAUGCUGUUAUGCAGCAAGUGUUUUGUUUAGUUAAUAUCUUACUAUCAAGUGACGUCGAAGCGUCGAAGCGUAAGCUCCGAAUAAGAACGUAUAAAGUAAUUCCAUUAUCUCAACGUUCUGGUAUCGUUGAAUGGUGUGAAAAUACUCAACCUAUAGGUCAAUAUUUGUUAGGUGGAUCUGAUAUUAAACUUCAUGGUGCACAUAAGCGUUAUAACCCAAAGGAUUGGGCUUCGAUGGAUUGUAAGAGAAAGCUUGCAAAUUCAACAAAUAAACUUCAUUCUUAUCAUGAAAUUACCGAUCAUUUUCAUCCGGUAUUUCGUCACUUCUUUUUCGAAAACUUUUUAAAUCCUGUUGAAUGGUUUGAAAGGCGUUUAGCCUAUACAAGAAGUGUAGCAGCAUCUUCAAUUGUUGGUUACGUUGUCGGGCUUGGUGAUCGCCAUGUACAAAAUAUCCUGGUCGACCGAACUACAGCAGAGUUAAUUCACAUUGAUUUUGGUAUUGCAUUCGAGCAAGGACGUGUACUACCUACACCGGAGACUGUCCCAUUUCGUUUAACUCGAGAUAUAGUAGAUGGUAUGGGUAUAACUGGAGUUGAAGGUGUAUUUCGUCGAUGCUGUGAAAAGACAAUGGCAGUUAUGCGUCAUUCCCAAGAUUCCUUACUAACUAUUUUAGAAGUUUUGCUAUAUGAUCCUCUAUACGCUUGGAAUAUUAGUCCAUUGAAAGCAAUUGCGCUACAACGCCGGCGUAGCAAAGAUCAUGGAUCGACGGAGAACACUGGCAAUGAAGAUUCGUCUGGCACGCCUUCUGGUGAUGAAGAAUUACUUGAUUAUUAUAAACGUGGAGAUAAAACUACCCAAGAUAAAUCUUCUGGAAAUAAAAUGGCUGAACGAGCACUUUUACGCGUUAGACAAAAAUUAAACGGUACAGAAAAUGGUAUCGUAUUAAGUAUUAGCGGGCAAGUUAAUCAUCUAAUUCAUGAAGCGAGAGAACCUAAAAAUUUAUCAAAAUUAUUUCACGGUUGGCAAGCGUGGGUUUAG